AUGGAUUCAAUGCAGCCGGAUCUAUCUGUUCGCCCCACGGCUAUUCCAGAGGAUAAGCUGGUGCUGUAUGUUAAGAAAGCAAGCCCAACAUCCACAGCCAAUUCGGUUAAACCAUUGAUGUUGAUUGAAGCUCUGGGGAUUCCACAUGCCAUUCAUCUUAUCGAAUCAACCAGCAAAGAAACAUGGUUUCAUGCUGUCAAUCCCUACAAAAUGGUCCCUGCCAUGGAGGAUACGGACAUCGACCCGGCCGGUGGCGAUGCCCACCGACUGAAUAUCUUCGACUCUUCUGCUUGCUUGGUCUACCUUGCAGAGAAAUACGACACGGAGGGCCUCUAUCUAGGCAAAAACUUACACGAAAAAACAGUGAUUAUGAAUUGGUUGAUGUCUUACACGGCCGGUCUAGGAGCUACUGGCAAGAUAUGGCUCCUGAUGAAAAUGCCUAAAGACGUGGACAUCGGCGAGUCCCUUUCGGUUCUUCUCAAAUAUAUCAGGACCGAGUACAACUUCUUGGAGAUGCGGUUAAAGGAGCCUGGUCAAAUUUUCAUGGCCUUACCUGGCAGAGUAACCAUUGCCGAUUUUGCUAUCUUACCACUCGCAAAUGAAUCAAUUGCCAAAUCAGCCGACCUGGAUUUUAACGAAUGGCCGCAUCUGAAAGCAUGGAGUGAGCGUGUAAGUGCAUUACCACCGGUGGCAAGGGCAAUAUAUAGAGUUACACGAUUUGGGCUGUCUGAUUCAGAGCUUGCGGCUCUCGACAAGAUGAAUUAA